GGCUUGACAUAGGAGCUAGAAGGGCAAAAAAAAUAUCUAGCAUGCAGCGUUGGACAUAUUGGCUGGAUGCCAUUAAAUAUGGUAGAUGGUGUGGGUCUUUUAUAGAUACUUAGGUUUUAUUUAUGAUAUAAAGCUGGCAAGUUCCUAGAAUCAGCUAAAUGGGGGAGCAAAUGGAGUUCGGGAGAGUGUUAAUAGCUGGGGUUUUCUUUUCCUGGGUUUUGUGUGUGGGUGGUGCUAAUUUACCACCAUGUGAAUUCCCUGCAAUUUACAACUUUGGUGACUCAAAUUCAGACACUGGAGGCAUAUCAGCUGCUUUUGAACCAAUUCGAGCUCCAUAUGGUGAGGCUUUUUUUCACAAGCCAGCUGGUAGAGACUCUGAUGGCCGCCUCAUCAUAGACUUCAUAGCUGAGCGUGUACAAUUGCCAUAUCUUCAUGCAUACUUGAAUUCCUUAGGAGCAAAUUUCAGGCAUGGGGCAAAUUUUGCUACAGGAGGAUCAACCAUAAGGAGGCAGAAUGAGACCAUUUUCGAGUAUGGCAUAAGUCCAUUUGCUCUAGAUAUGCAGAUUGUGCAGUUCGACCAGUUUAAAGCAAGGACUAUUGAAAUGUACAAUCAAGCUAAGGAUCCUUCUGAAAAAGAUAAACUUCCCAGACCUGAGGACUUUGCAAAGGCGCUUUACACAUUUGACAUCGGCCAAAAUGAUCUUUCUGUCGGUUUUAGGAAAAUGAGUUUUGAUCAGCUUCGUGCAGCAAUGCCAGAUAUCAUAAACCAGUUAGGAUCAGCGGUCCAACAUCUGUAUCAGCAAGGAGGGAGAACCUUCUGGAUACACAACACGGGUCCAAUCGGUUGCUUGCCAGUUAACUCAUUCUACCUACGUAAUCCUGAGCCCGGAUAUCUUGACCAAUAUGGUUGUGUCAAGGGUCAAAAUGACAUGGCUAUGGAAUUCAAUAGGCAGCUUAAGGACAGAAUCAUCAAGCUAAGAACAGAGCUCCCAGAAGCUUCAAUUACUCAUGUGGAUGUCUAUACUGCUAAGUAUUCAAUGAUUAGCAAUGCAAAGAACCUAGGAUUGGCAGAUCCGUUAAAGGUGUGCUGUGGAUAUCAUGUCAAUUACGACCAUGUGUGGUGUGGGAACAAGGCAACCAUCAACAACACUGAAGUAUAUGGUGGUUCUUGCAAAAACCCUUCAGUUUUUAUAAGCUGGGAUGGAGUUCACUACUCUCAGGCUGCAAAUCAAUUUGUUGCUGAUCAUACACUCAAUGGUUCAUUAGCAGACCCACCAAUUCCAAUCACUCAAGCAUGCCAUAAGCAGUAACUAUAUGUGAUCACAUAAAUCUGUGUUGAUUUGCAAUUGUGAAAAAUCGAUUUCAAAACAUGAGUUAAUAAUGACUAGAGCAACAGGUUUGAUGUUUUCUGGAUCGGCUAAAUACAACUGAUCUCGAAAACUGGAGAAGGUCUAAUAGUAUUGGGUCUAAAACAGUAUAUUGAGCAUAUCUGGAAUGUCAUCAAUUGCAAAGCAGCACUUCAUUAAUCAUGACUUUACCAAGUUUUUUUGGAAAUGUCCUGUACAAACUUCUCCUUGAAAAGCUGAUAUCAUUAUCCUUGGAAUUAUGUGAUGAAAAUUGGCUCUUCA